AUGCAAGGGGGGUGUUUGCUAUGGGGUGAACGGGUUGUUGUUCCCUUGUGCCUAAGGGAAAAAGUCUUAACACUGUUGCAUGAGGGGCACCUGGGGAUUGUACGGAUGAAGGGACUAGCCAGGAGCUACGUCUGGUGGCCCAACAUAGACGCAGACAUUACCGAGUGGGUGGGGAGAUGCCAGCCCUGCCAAGAGUCUAGGCCAGAUCCACCAACGGCACCGGUGAGGGAGUGGGAAAGACCCAAGGGACCCUGGUCCAGGAUCCACAUAGAUUUCGCGGGGCCAUUUCACGGGCAGACCUUCAUGGUCGUAGUAGAUGCCUUUUCCAAGUGGAUGGAAAGUAAGCUCAUGAAGGCCACUACCACCGACGCAGUUAUCAGGGAACUGAGGCAGUUAUUCACUACACAUGGGUUACCGGACAUCUUAGUGUCAGAUAAUGGGCCCCAAUUCACAGCCACACAGUUCGAAGGGUAUUUAGUGGAGUUGGGGGUCAGACACAUCCUCUCGGCCCCGUUCCAUCCGGCUAGUAAUAGACAGGCUGAGAGAUUCGUAAGAACGGCCAAGGAGGCCCUCUCACGCCUAGGCCCCGGAGACUGGCAGGAAAGGAUAGACCAGUUCCUAACAGCCCAGCAUUCCACACCUUGCACAGCCACAGGCCGAAGCCCGGCAGAACUACUCAUAGGGAGGAAGCUCCGAGGGGUACUGGAUAGGCUUAAUCCCAAUUAUUCCCCCGAGGUUUUCAAAGGGGGGGAGAGGAAACUCAGGGAGUUCACCAUAGGGACUCCAGUCCACACCAGAAACUACGGGAAGGGCCCACUCUGGGAAGCAGGGACAAUCACGGAGAUUACGGGGCCCAAAUCGUACAGGGUAGACAACGGGAGAGUUUGGCGCAGGCACGUAGACCAACUGCGAAGGUGAAUCGCAACUGACGCCGAGGAAAACUUCAACGAGCCGCUCCCUGACUACCAGCCAGAACAACAAACUAAGUCAAGCCCGAGUGCAGCGGAGGACUUAGCUGACGAUCCUGGCGUCCGGAGCCGGCCCAGCAAGGAGUUCCCGCCAGCCAAAGAAGUCGCCACCCACAAAGAGAUCUCAGAGGUUCCAUUGGCGGAGCAGGGAGAAAUAGGGAGUCCCUCCGACCUGCUCGACGCCGCCCCUCCGACUGAACUGCGCAGGUCGACCAGGCUACGUACACACCUUGGUCACCUGAGAGACUUUGUAUGUAAAUAAAACCCAAAGUGAUUUCUGGGAGGGGAGGAGUGUUAUGUAAAUAGGUUUGUUUGGUGGGCAGUUUGAAUUAACUGACCCUCAGCUGAUUGGCUGACCACCACAGCUGCAAGGUAUAUAAAGGGAGCUGUUUCCCUAGGUCAGUUGCUGGGUUCUCACCCUAAUAAACAGAGCUGUUGUCACUCA